UUUUAGAUAAAUAUGAACAUUAUUGAGAAACAGAGUAAUGCAAGAGCGAUGAAGGCGUCUUGGAGGAAGGAUGGAUGUACUGAGAGGAUGGAAGCGGAUAAGUUAGGAGUUGAGAGGGGAGAUUUUGAUGAUGAUAUGUGAGAGAUCCCUGAUGAGUGACCGGUUUUGGGAAAUAGGAUGAGCUCAGACAAAAAGUACCAUUCUAGCCUCCUCUCUACUGACAAAGGGGGAAUUAAAAGUCAGGAGUUUGACUAUUUUAUGGAUCAACUUGAGUGUCAAUUUACCAAGAGAUGUUCUUUGCCAGAUAAAUCACAGUCUAUAUUGAUUAAGAAGGAAACUGAGCAUACUCAAAAUCGUACGAGAGGGUCUAGUUUAAUGUUUAAGAAAAUGAAGUUUACCCAAAGAAAUGAAGUUGGAAACGUUCAUGAAUUAUCAAACCUCUCUAUUCCUGCCUAUAUCUCAGCAAAUCAGCUGCCUAGAGAUGCUAAUAAAUUUAGAGAUAAUUUGGUAAACCAUGAAAAUUCAAGAGACUGUAACUCCAACCAAAUAGAAGAGAUGAGUGGUGAUAUUUCCAACUCCCUUUCCUCUGAGUCUUAUAUACCAAUUCCAGUAACCAUGAGCGACGUAGAAGCUGGUAUAUAUCACGCUUAUUAACCUAAUUAAUAAUUAACAAUACUUUGAU